AUGGGCUUGGCCAGCCCGCCCGAUCGCCGCGUGGCCAAAGACGACAGCUCGCUGGCUCGCGGCUCUCCCGGUCGCAACGGCCAGCUAGCCAAGCAAGGCUCGCUGACGAUCGUCCGCCGCAGCAGCGGCAAAGGAGGCGGCGGUGGUAACAGCAGCGGUGGGGGCGCCAGCGGCGGCAGCGGCAGCGGCAAUGGCGCCAAGGCGGGCCCGCUCGCCAGGAGCGCGACCGCUGUCGCUGACGACGACGCCCUCGACGCCGUCGACCUGUCCACCGAUAACCUGCCUGCCGUCGACACGCCGGACGCCUGCGAUAAGGCUGCCCUCAGGCUACGCUGCCUGUUGCGGCAGUUGCAGAGGGGGGAGAUUUCCGCGGAAAUCUUGCAGAAGAACCUCCAUUAUGCGGCACGCGUCCUCGAAGCGGUAUUCAUCGAUGAAACCAAGGAGCGCGCCGCCGACGAGGAGCCGUCGCGCAAGCCGUCGGCGCUGGGCCCUCGCCACGGGGAGACUGCCGCGACCUGCGCGGCCUCUGCCGCCCAGCCCGUGCAGCGCCGCCGCCUGCGGACGCCUGUCUGGGCAAGGCGGCUGGCGGACGAGGACGACGAGCUGUCGGAGGUGCAGCCAGACGCGGUGCCGCCCGAGGUGCGCGAGUGGCUGGCGUCCACCUUCACGCGCCAGCUCGCCACGACGAGGCGCAAGGCCGACGAGAAGCCCAAGUUCCGGUCGGUGGCGCACGCCAUCCGCGCCGGCAUCUUCGUCGACCGCAUCUACCGCCGCGUCACCAGCACCUCGCUUAUGCAGUUCCCGCCCGACGUCGUUAAAGUGCUCAAGACACUGGACGAGUGGUCAUUUGAUGUGUUUGCACUUAGCGAGACAGCCACAAAUAUGCCUGUCAAGUAUCUUGGGUAUGACCUCCUCAAUCGAUAUGGGAUGAUACAUAAGUUUAAGGUUCCACCUUCCACACUGGAGGCAUUUCUUACACGAAUAGAGGAAGGUUAUUGUCGUUACCGAAAUCCAUAUCAUAACAACCUACAUGCAGCUGAUGUGGCACAGACCGUCCACUAUAUGUUGUGCCAAACAGGGCUCAUGAACUGGCUAACAGAUCUGGAGAUCUUUGCAACCCUUGUUGCAGCUUUAAUUCAUGACUAUGAACAUACAGGUACAACCAACAACUUCCAUGUCAUGUCAGGCACAGAGACAGCGUUAUUAUAUAAUGAUCGUGCUGUCCUAGAAAAUCAUCAUAUAAGUGCCUCUUUUAGGGUGAUGCGGGAUGAGGAAUGUAACAUCCUCCAAAAUCUGUCACGUGAAGAGUUUCGGGAGUUCCGCACUCUUGUUAUUGAUAUGGUUUUAGCAACAGACAUGAGUUUCCAUUUUCAGCAGCUGAAAAACAUGAGGAAUCUCCUGACACUCGCUGAGGCAAGUGUGGACAAGUCCAAGGCUCUAUCACUGGUGCUUCACUGUUGUGACAUAUCACAUCCUGCUAAGCGAUGGGAUCUCCACCAUAGAUGGACUUCUCAACUUCUUGAGGAGUUCUUCAGACAAGGAGAUAAGGAACGUGAGUUAGGACUGCCAUUCAGCCCUCUAUGUGAUCGCAACAACACACUUGUUGCUGAGUCACAGAUUGGUUUCAUCGAAUUUAUUGUUGAGCCAAGCAUGGCAGUAUGCAGUGAUAUGUUAGAAGCAAUUUUGGGUCCACUUCAUUCAUCUUGUAAACCAACAUCUGCUGAAAGCAUCCAGAGUACAGGAUCAGAAAAUGCUGAAAUUGACAGAACUAAGAACGGGUCCACACGGAGCCCAGAACGAGGCCAGAAGUAUACAAUUAAAAAGCCAUGGAUUGGUUGUUUAGCAGAAAACAAGAGGAUAUGGAAGGAACAGGCAGCUAAAGAUGCUGAAGCUCGUGCUCAACAACAACAAAAUGCUGAGGAAAACAACUCUACAGAUGCAAAAUAAAGUCAUUUCAGAACUUCAGCAAGAUCACUGCACUUGACUGAUGAAGCUAAUGAUAUUUUUUAGCUCUAGGCAAGUUGAAGUUUGAACAAAAUAUUAAAGAGCUGAUGGACCUGUUUAGCAAUCAGAAGUGUGUUCCUUACAGAUAUUCAAAAUGUAUGUACUGCAUUCCAAAACCUCCAUUAUGCAGCACACUGAGUUUGUUGUAUCAUAGCUGCAAUUGAUAAGCAACUGCAGAGAAAAGAGGAAGCUGAUAACUGCGGAGGGAAACAGAAAGGGGGGCAUUAGUUUUGAAGUGAUUUGAUAUUGAUUAAAGUUCAUUUAAAAUAUGUCAGAAGAUACCUGGAAAAAGCUAUUGUGUUAUUCCAUUAACUCCAAAACAUACUUUUUUCACAAAAUGACAUUAUAAUCAUAAAAUUUUAAAUAUUUUCAUUUAUUUCAUUUUGGUUUGAAAAUAACAGAUUAAAUAAUUAGAUCACUUCUAACAGUGACUGGUGACUUCAUAAAAUCAGUAUUCUCUCACACUGUUAUAUCUGUUUUAUUUUAAUUAAUAUUUGCAUAAAUGUGUCAGUAAUUACACAUUCUUCUUUCAGUUUCUCAGAUGCUAGAAAUGUCUUUGUUAUUAUGUACAUUUUAAAUAUUACUAAUUCAUUUUGUUACAUUUUAAGUAACUCAAAGACUGAUGUUAUAUUUCACUUAUAUUAAGUUCACUGUUACCACUCACAAGGUGCACUUCAAUUGAUUAUUUUUUACAAUCCUGACUAAAAGGAAAAGUGGUUAUCCACAAUUUGGGAUAUUUCUCUGUCUUUUUCGUACACAGUAAAUAUGAGUCAGUUCCUACAGUUAUUAUUAUAAAUUAUGUGACAGAAGAUCAACCAGUGUAACUGAGUGCUCCUUGAUGUACUAUAUUUCUACCUAAAUUAAAAUAAUCUUGUGUUAUUGUAAGACAUUCAGGAAAGGUACGCUUAAAAAUUUUGCUGAAUCUGGAAAUGGUUGUAUCAGGUAUCAUGCUAAUACCAUCAUGGUAGCACCCUUUCUCAAGUUAAUCUUUGUUGUAGGUGUAACAAUGAGACAUGAAAAAUUACAACUACGACAGAGUAAAGAUGCCUUUGUACUUUGGAAAUUCUGUGAAAGUACAAUGAGCAUUCCUAAGAAAAUUGAACUCUACUUACCUUGAAUGUCAACACCAAUUAAUUUAUAUUUUAUAAGGACUCACAUUGAUAAAAUGUACUUCUGAAUUUUGUACAUGCUUUUCCAAGCUAUGAAUAACUUUAAUUAGUAAUUUCAUUUCAUAAUAAUUGUUGCUAUUGAAAGAAUGUAAGAGUCAUGAGUUGAGCUUACCAACAGAUUGCAAAUAAGAAAGUGUAGAUAAUGAAAUUCAGUAAAAACCACAAGAGUCUAAUGUGGUGGGGCAGUUUUCAUAGAAAUUCAAAAAUUUUAAAAAAAUCACUGUUACUUUACACAGCUCUAUAAUCAGUUAAAAUAUAAAAUAAAUACUGCAUAAUAAUGUAUAAGACAAGUAGCACAGAAUAUAAGGGUAUUACUGAAGAGCAAUAUUUUGUAUAAAACGGAUACUCACAAUAUUAAUAGCGAAAUGAAAUGUAUUAUCUUGUGAUUUUUUGUAGGCUACAGAGCACUUUGUGCAUAGUGUGUCUCAGUAUAAAUACUUCACAUGACAUAGCAUUUGCACUGGAAUAUUUAUACUGUGAAUUUCAUAUAUUUUGCAAGUACAGAAAUAUUCUUGGAAUUGAUAUAUGUCACAUGCAGUGCAAGAUGUUUGAAUUUCAGUUUUUAGUUUCUGUCUAAAAUAAAAUAUUUUGAAAUUGAUGUGUGGAUCACUGAAAAGCAGUAGUGUUUCGCAUACAAAAAUAUGGUUUCAUUUUACAUUGAUCAACUAAACUGAAUUAAUUCUUCAUAUGUAUUAGACAUUUUUGUAUGAGUUCCUCAUUUAAUUAUUUUGGUUUCACUUUGUGGUAUACCUGUAUAAUGUCACAGAGAUAAAUGGAAUUCAUGUAUGAGUUUUGAUACAUUUCAACUGUUGUGAAUCUUGUUCUGCUCUUAAUUAUUUCACUCUUUGACAAUAUAUAUUUAUAGUCAUAAAUGUAGGAAUCAAGCAUAUGUAUAUCCUACUUUAUUUUCCACAGAUCAGCUGGAAUAGGUACAAAGAUUAUAUGGACACACAAACUCAGCUCUCAGAGCUCUCAGAUAUGUAAGAUCACAAAUACCAGCCUCAGCUAAUAUUGUUCUGUGUGCUAGGUCUUCUGCAUUUAGUGUAAACAGUGUUGAAUUUUGCCAGACUAGGACAUCAUAACUUGAUACUUUUAGAGUGCAUUAUAAUUAGUUAUUAAUGUGAAACAUGAGUCCUGGUGACAUCAUUUCAUUUUACUUUGAAACUGUGCAGCAAUAGUUUAUUAUUCUAUAUGCAUUUUGCCACUAAUUUCUUAAAUCUUAAUUGUGAGCUCUUUGUUCUGUAAUUGAUAAUAUUGCAAUCCCCUGUCCCAUAACCCUUUAAACAUGACAUGAUAUGGUUGUAAUAUUAUGCAUAUUUCUCAUAUUAUAUUAUAUGGUUAACAGUUCUGCUCUUACACUUUGAUACUUAAUUUCAGAAGCAUCUUUUGAACAAUGUGUGAGAGAAGGAGAAAGAAACAAUGAAACACCAGUGUUUUACAACAAUUAAUUUUCAAUAACAAUGAUACAUAUUGGUUCCAUGGCAGCUGUCUACCCCUAAACGUUAACUCAAAAUCCACUUCAAGGAAAGAAAUGUUCUCUAAACGCAAGAGCAAACUGCAGGCACAAGUGAAGUCUGUUAGUAGUUCGACCAGUUUGUCAUAAAAUAGCGAAACAGCUUAGGGAUGUUUCUUGUUUCAGAGAGCAACAGGAAAUCAACAGAUAUUUACAAACUCAACACUAAGAACUGCACAUUUAAAAGAUUGUUAUUUAAGGUAAUCUUUAUAUGUGCUUUAAUUUACAAUUGGUUGUGACUGUUGUUGUAACUGAAAUUUUUUGAGGAACCUUUAUAACAGCAUGUUCAUAGCAGUUGUAAUGAACCUUUCUUUGACUAUCAGUUUAUCAGUAGACUUCAUAGCCAUGACGUAUUUGAAUAAAAGUUGGAAUACCUUCAUUACUUGAAGUACAACAUCAAAUGUUGAAUGAUAUACCAUUUAAAUUCGUAAUGAAAAUAUAAGCAGUUCAAUUGAUUUUCUAAGAAAAAAUACGAUUUUGAAUUUUGUGUUUUUGGAAAGGUGUAAACAUAAGUUCCUGUCCACAGAGACAUGUAUCUGGCUGCUAAGCAAAGCACAUUCAGACUAAAUCAUAAAUCUUAUACCAAAGUAUCACAAAGCUGAUAAGGAUACACAAUUAAUCUUUCUACAAAAUACUUAUGUUUUCUGUUAUCCAGUGUUAUGAUUCAAGCAUUUAUGAUUCAAGUUCAUAUUUGUUGACCCAAAAGGAUAAAUUUCUUUAUGUUAUCUACUACAAAAUUGUAAACUUCCUGACAAAUUAUUUCCACAAAUCAGUAACGUUGUCCUUCCAUGAAUUUAGUUUCCCUUGAUAGAAUUCUUUUGAUUUAGUUUGAAAGAAACUUCCCAGUUUUGUCUAAAUUACAAAGUAUUUUAGUUCCAGAACUCUCCAUUAUGUUAACUAUAUUGUGUGACAGUAGGUAAGGCUUCUGAAUAUAGAAAUUUUAAGGAUUAAUUAAAACCUUUGUUGUAUGAUUGCUUAGCACAUAAUUAAUAACCUGUACUGUAAAACAGAAGCAAAUAGUGCAUAUGCUGUCUCAGAUAGCACCUGUUAAUGAAAUGUCUGCCAGAUGAGGUCAAUGACAACAGCUGCCUUUGAUUCAAAACUGAUAACAGUUGUGAUAACACAGAAUUAUUAUUAAUGAUUACCAUACCAAACAUACUACAGUUCAUUCAUCCUCUGUUCUCCUCCUCUCUGCAUGUAGACAAAAUGAAUCCUUAUGAUUUACUAACAAAAUAGUUGUCAUUGCUAUUUUUGUUCACCAUUUUAGAAGGACUUCACAAUGGCUAAAUUCAUACUUUGCACAACAUGAAUAUAUUGAACUGCCACCCACAUUUCCACAUUCACAUUUAGUCUGCUUCUAUUGACAGUUGUUCAUGUGGUCUAAAAGUGAAUUUGGUUUCUCAUUGACGUAAUUCUUCAUUUAAUACUCCUUUUGUGUUAGUCUCAACAUCUAUAUUUUAAUGCACACUAUUUUUCUUAAAAAGGUAUCCUCUGAUGCCCAGUAAUUAUCAUUUAUUGCCACCAUCUACUUCAAAUGGUCUAUGCAUUACCUAGAUGAAUAUGAAUCCUUUCCAUCUUUUGCAUAUCAUAACCCAGUCAUUGAUGCUACCUUGAUAAGAAAUAGUAAGAAAUGGUACUUCAGUCUCUCUUUCUACACAUUGCUUCAUUCUCAUUCAAGUAUUUAGAGUGAUUAUUUCUUCUAAGGUCACUUACAUUUCUUACUCUUUUCCAUGUCUUUAUUCCAGAUCUUUCUAAUUCUUCUGAUGCAGGAAUUGCCUAAAUGAUCCAACAUCUAAUUUUACAUCUGUAUGCCCAACACCCUUACUUUAAUUUCUGUGUUAGCAAUUCUUUCUCAGAUUUUGCUGUUAUUUCUCCAUACAUGUGAGAAAUAGUUUCUGAGGGUCUUAUAUAAGUGCAGGAUCUUUGUUUAAACCGAUAUUUGAGUCUUGUCUGUCUAAAGUGACUUUUUGAGUUUAUUUGGUCAUUUAGUAUGUGCAUAUUAUCUGUUUUUUCCUAUUGUCACAAUGACAAGGAGAAGACA